AACCAUUGCCAGUUCUCCCAUAAGAAGUGUCAUCCACUUGAAUGACAUUUUGAGAACUCACUAGUCACGUAUUUUUGUUUUUAGUAAAUUGUAAAUUUUAGCAAAAACUGCAGAAAUUGUUAGAUCAAAAUGGGUGACAUCAUGGAAGAAAAAGCUCAAGAAAGGGUUUAUGGAGGCUGUGAGGGUCCAGAUGCAAUGUACGUGAAAUUAAUUUCAUCAGAUGGUCAUGAAUUCAUUGUUAAACGAGAGCACGCUUUAACGUCUGGUACUAUCAAGGCUAUGUUGAGCGGUCCAGGACAGUUUGCAGAGAAUGAAGCAAAUGAAGUGAAUUUCCGAGAAAUACCAUCUCAUGUUCUUCAAAAGGUUUGCAUGUAUUUCACUUAUAAAGUAAGAUACACAAAUAGUUCAACAGAAAUUCCAGAGUUUCCCAUUGCACCAGAAAUCGCUUUGGAACUCCUUAUGGCAGCUAACUUUUUGGAUUGUUAAAUUGGUAAUCGACAGACUCUACACUGACUGUUGUGAUAUGUUAACAAGAAGCGAUUGCUUUUAAAAUAUUCAUAUUUCAGCUUCAGUCAUUGAUUGUUUGGCUAAUGACUUUUUUCAGUAUAAAGAUAUCAGCAUAUAGUUCAGCAAAGAAAUAUGACUUAGUUUUUUCAAGUAUCUGUAUAUAGUUAAGGAUCUUAUAGACUGAACUUAUGUUAAAUAUGAUUUUGUUUCUUAGGCAAGCUUGUGUUUAGUUUUUUAAUUUACUUUUCAUUUUUUUUUGUUUACAAAUGAAGUUAACAUGAAUAUUUAAUAAUAGAUUUUGUUUACUUGACUGUGCCUAUUACAUAGACAUUUCAGAUUUGUUUGCAUUAAUUCUUAAUUGAAAAUACGGAAGCUGUGUAACACUUAGGAAACUUUUAUAACACUUUUAAGAUGUGGCUCAAUAAUCAUAUAUGACAAAAUGUAAUAUUUUUAAUUAUUUGUAAUGUACCAUCCACAAUACAUCUUUAUUAAAUCUUUUAAGAACAUUUACCGA